GCCCAUCACACAGUAUUAAUCACUGGUUACACUGUAUCUCAGACAGUCUCUGCCCAUUACACAGCAUUAAUCACUGGUUACACUGUAUCUCAGACAGUAUCUGCCCAUUGCCCAGUCCGCCCAUUCUAAUUGGCCACAGACCCCACCAAUCACAGCCAGCCAGAUAUCCUGCUCACUUCCCCUCUAAAAAGUUUGAAUGAGUCCAGCAGCAGCUGCAGGGAGGGGGAGCAGCCCUGUGGCCUGGCUGAUGGCACACACUCUGAGCUGCCCCCUAGUAUGGGGGUUAAUAAUGCUGCUAUGGAUCAUGGAGCCCCCCAGGGCUGAUGCUGGCAAUGCAGACACAGUGAGUGCUGAGAGGAGCAUGGUGUGGGGGCCAGGACUGCAUGCUGGCAUAGAGCUGCCUGUCAGGUACUUCUACAUCCAAGCUGUGUCCAGCAGGGGCCACAACUUCACCUCCUCCCCAGGUAAUCCACCCCCCUCCCUCCCUGGGUGAUUAAUGCAUGGGGGGAGAUCUGCAGCUCUUACAGAUCCGGUGGGAAGAUAGCCUGACCCCUCCUUCUUCACCAGGACUUCCUCAUACUUUACAUCUUAACCAUUUAAAUGCUGCCUGGGCUGGGGGGUCGCAUGUUUAGCUCUGAAAUCUGAAUCAGAUCAGCUGUUUAUAUCAUUUUAUAUCUGGACAGGCUUGGUACAGGGAAUAUAAUCCAUUAGGGCAGACAGCUUCUAGAAGCUGAGCGUGCUGGGAGUUGUGACUCCCAGCAUUCUCAGACCGAGCUGAGCGUGCUGUGAGUUGCAGUGGAAAGAUAGCUUGUUUGCUGCUUUUCAGACAGUAGUGUUGCCAGGAAUACACAUGACUAAUAAUGAUUAAUAGGCUGUUCAUGAGACGGUCAGCCCUGUGCUAUGUAUAAUCUAAAUGCAACAUGCAGGAAAACAAGUCUGUAUUAUUUGAGGAUUCCUUUUUGUGUAUUAUUAUUAUUAUUAUUAUUAUUAUUAUUAUUAUUAUUAUUAUUAUUAUUGCCAUUUAUAUAGCGCCAACAGAUUCCGUAGCGCUUUACAAUAUUAUGAGAGGGGGGAUUUACCUAUAAAUAGGACAAUUACAAGAAAACUUACAGGAACAAUAGGUUGAAGAGCACCCUGCUCAAACAAGCUUACAGUCUAUAGGAGGUGGGGUAUAAGACACGUUAGGACAGGGGAUAGCAAUCAAGUUGAUACCUAUUGUUGGGCAGCACUUUUGAUGUGCCAUCUGUGUAUAUUAUUUGGUGACAUGGAAACCCUAGCAGGUAUUGGGGUUUAUUCACAGAAAUUGUACUGUUGUAAAUUGAAAUCCUAAUAGCAGUAUUAAAAGAAUGCGCCAGACAAAAAAAAAACCCACACAUCAGCUUGCUGACAUACUUUUAUGUAUCUGUAGUUUGUAGGUUUAUUUUUUUGAUAGUUUAUAAAAGUGACCAUUUCAAUAGAAUUCACACUUUUAUGAAACUUUGCUGAAAUGUAUCUCCAUGUUCAGACAGCAGAGGAGGUUAUCGCCAGGGGAGGUGUGGCUGGGGUUGCAUAAACAGAAACAAGAUUAAUUUUAACUCUUAAAUGGCAGUGAAUAGAGCAAGUGAGACUGCAGGGGCCUGACCUAUACCAGGGAUGCCCAGAAGGUAGAUCUCUGGAUGUUCUAGAACCACAACUCCCAUGAUGCUUUGCAUGCCUUUAUAAUGACAAAGCAUCAUGGAAGCUGUACUUUUAAAACAUCUGGGGAUUUACAUUUUGGGCGCCCCUGCUCUAUACACUAAAACUGCUCUAUUAAGUUAAAGUUGUUUUGGUGCUUAGAGUAUCUCCUUCAUUGCGCCAUAUUGUUUUAGCAAAUCUUUUUACUCUGAUUUGACUUAGCAUUACUUUAUGUUACUCAUGUUCACGUUAUUGAGCCGGGACAUUCUUUGCUCCGUCUGGACUUUUGUUUUUUAUUUGUCCUGCUUGGGGAUGCAUCCCCAAGCAGGGCAAACCUUGUAGGUUGACAUCGGCACACUGACUUCGUUGCCCAUAUGCUGGCGUUGGAACAAAGUGAUGUCACAUCACUCCGUUCCUAUACUCCCUACCAGCGCUAGAAGCGUGUGCUGUUGUUGCUAUGGGUGGAGACAGCAGCGUACAGAUAAUCCAUGGGGCCCUGGUGCGAAACUGAUCCGUGCCCCCCCCCCAUUCCCCAUCACCCCCCCCCGACAGACACACACACAUACCUACAUACAGGCACACAGACAGACACACAUACAGACACACACACACAACGCACACACAUACAUACAGGCACAGGCAUUCCCCAUCACCCCCCCCCGACAGACACACACACAUACCUACAUACAGGCACACAGACAGACACACAUACAGACACACACACACAACGCACACACAUACAUACAGGCACAGGCUUACAGACACACAUACAUACAAAGGCAUACAUACAGAUAGAGACAGACAGACAGACACAUACAUACAUACAUACACACACACACACAAUAUUUAAGUCACCCCCCCUCCCCCCCCCGUUUCCUACCUUUUAGGUGCAGGAGGGUGACUUUCCCCGAGGUCCAUUGGUGGCUCAGAUGGAUGGGAGUCAGAGUUCCCACUCAGACUCCCUGUUCUUCCUCCCGCGCAGGCUCUCUGUAUGCUGAGAGGAGUGACAGGGAGUCACUUCCUCCCAGCUCUGUGUGAUCCAGCACUGACCGGGCCCCCUGACAAUCCAUAUCCAUCCGGUGGCCCUGACAGCAUGGGCCACCCUUGGCGGUUUGCCACGCGGGCCAGGGCCUCAAAAGAUGAUGACGGGUACCCGGUCGCAGAGGUCCACAUGGCAGCCGGGCCACCUGGAGUGACCAGACCGGUCGCAGCUGCGACCCCUGCGAUAACAGUAUGUAUGCCAGUGGGUGCUACCACCAAUAUAACGGAUCACUUGGCACCCCGACUGGGUACUUCCACUAAAGGAUGCUCCCAGCGCUUCCUGAGGGCUCCAAGCACUCCAGCAGACACCUCCAGGCACUGGACGUUACUCAGUCCUAGGAACUCUGGAACCGAAUGGGGAAUUAGCUCUAGUCCUUACAAGGACUUUCCCCAUUGAAUCUCCUGCAAGCUGGAACAGCAGACACAGGAGGAAACAUUCUUCCCUCCAAUAACUAGACGACACACAGUUUGGAGUGUAAGCAGGAACAGACAGAGCUGUGGCUUUAUUGUUUCUUAUAAACAUAUUUUUACACAAUGUUACCACCCACAUGGAUUUGGGCUGUGCGGUCGGUCAUUUUCACUCAGAAAAAUGACUAAGUCCUAUUCGAAUAUCUUAGUCUAAGUGUGGGUUUGAAUCGUCGAACGGGACUUUGUUUUCAGCCAAAGUGUCGAAGUGGAGGAGAAGGUAAGGGUCAGCGGUGUUCGUGCAAAUGGGUAGCUGAUUUUAGUUCCAUGGAUUUGGCUGCACACACCGCUGACCGCGUUCGACUAAAGAUGGCCGCCGCCACGUGUUCAACUGUACGAACGACGGCAACCCAGCGGUCAGCAAUUAGCCUGCAGUAAUCCCCCAGCCUGGGAAGUAAAUUGGCCGCACACUUCCACUUCUUUGUGGUCCGCCUAUGCAGUAAUUGGUUCGGUAAACCCCAUUUACCGAUCCAAAUAGGAAAAAGCCACCAUCAAAGUAUUUUUUUUUUUUUUUGUCAAUCUCUUUUUUAUUGAGGCAUUAAGUUGUAUGGGAUACAAAAUGAAAGCAGGGAGACAACAAGGUACCAUACAUAUCAGGUAAAUACAAUACACUUUAAGCCAGUUUUUAGUAACUUUGAGCCUCUGUUUAUGUUAAGUAAAACAUUUCUAGGGAGAGUAACGUAGUGGCAGUAAAACGGUUGAUAUUGUAUGAAGGUAUUCAGUAACUUUGUAUCGACCAUGCUUCUCAGUAGUCUAAUCAGGCAGCUGUAUGCGAGGCUUAGGUAUCUCAAAUAGUGAAAAUUUAGGAGAUUACAGGGGGCUGGGUCGGGGGGAAGAGAGAAGCACAGGGGCAUUCACUCCAACUCCCUGCGAGCGUGUAGUGAAGUUUAGGCCAUACGCUUUGCCUAUGCACACUUUAAAUAAGUGCGUUAGCGUUGUUCCCAGUGUGAAGUGAUAAUUUGGAUUGGGUGUACCUAGCAGAUACUAGCAUGGUUAGUGAGCUUCACCGAGAGUGAUGAACCCCUACGGUUGAACAGCUAAACUUCUGGGUUGUGGGCACGUAUAAGCACUGCAAUCCCCUGAUUGCAUGGGUAAUUUGCGAGCCUGCAGCCCUUACUAUGUGUAAGUCUACCCGGCACUCGUCAGGAUGUCUCCCCCAGAGGGUCGCUUGUAACCAGGAGUCAUCUAUCUGUCGGGGUUCAGAGAGCUAAGUGUCAAGAGUGAUGAAGUAAUAAUGGGGGAUCUCAGUUCCCCUCGUCCCGGUAAUCCCUAGGCUCCCGUGGGUGCGCUGCUUCCCCGUCAUGAGUCGAACGUCGGCCUCCACCAUGUUUGUGUCGUUGGCGUCGUGUUGCGUCGCCCGGGUUAGAGGGCUCUCGUAGCUGUAUGUCCACCUUGCGUUACCCUACUUCUCUCCAACUCAUGGUGUGUCUGUCAGGAUGCGUCGGUAACGUGUUAAACAAUGUACGGGGUGGCCCUCACUCUAGGUACUCGGUUGGCCCAGCCUUAGCCCGUGUUGACUGUACCGCUUACGUCGAGCGCUAGACGUGUACGGUACGGAAGGCCUGAAGAUGUGAGAGCAGGUAGAGCAGAGUGAGCGGGGUUACAGGAAGUAAAAGAGAAGAGAGGGGGGAGUAGGGAAGCUUGACGGCAUAAGGGAAGGGUGGUAGAGGACAAUGUGGUCAUCCCGGGAUGCCCCUCUCCGGGGAGCAAUCCCUCCCUGCGCCCCUCCACAGUGGCUCCCCAAGGGCUCCCAAGGUCCUCCGAGGCCCUCGAGUGACCUAAGCAGUCUCCCCUCCAGCUGUGAGGGUGGCAUCGGUCGUUGGUUGUGUCCUGGCCGUGCGGUUCUCAGCGAUAAACAUGAGCCAUGGAGUCCAGAUCUGUAGGUAGCGUUCCGUGGUGUUCCGGAGAGAGGCCGUGAGUUGUUCCAUGCCAUGAAUCUCCUCCACUUUGUCCAUCCAGUGGACAAGAGUGGGCACCUGAGGGGACCGCCACCUGACCGGGAUAAGGAGAUUGGCCGCAUUUAAGAGGUGUCUGGUCAGGGAUUUUUUAUAGCGUGAUAAGGGUAGGGGAGUGUGGUGAAGGAGCAUCUGCAGCGGUUGAAAGGGGAGCUCUAUAUCCAUAAUGUCCUUAAUCUUUGCAUGGACUUGCCGCCAGUACGUGGCUAUCUUUUCGCAUGACCACCAAAUAUGCAAGUCAGUACCCGUCCCCGUGCCGCACCUCCAGCAGAUCUCAGAGACCUCGGGCAUCAUCCGGUGAAGCCGCGCCGGGGUCCUAUACCAGCCAGUCAGUAGUUUAUAGUUUAGCUCUUGGUGUUUGGAACUCAUGGAGCUUUGGUGGGACAGGAUGUGGAUUUUCGUCCACUGGGGGGCUGAAAGUGUGAUGCCCGCGGCCUCCUCCCAGUGUGUCAUGCGUUUCAUGGGUUCCCUGAAUGAUGCGGAGAUGAUCAUUUUGUAGAGGGUAGAGACACCGCGGGCCAUAUGAGCUUGUUGCGCACACACAGGUCCUCGAGUUCUGUGGUCGGUCUAUGGAACAGGCGUCGUCCAACGUGUGACUGGUAGUAGGUCUUAACUUGGAAGUACCGGAACCUGUCAAGGCCCGAUGGCACUGCCUCUCGUAUCAGGUCCGGGAUUUGCUUUAAUGCGUCCCCUGUACACCAUUGGUGCAUGAACGUCCAUUCCGCUUCUCCAAACGCCUCGAUGUCCCGGGGAGUGAGGCUCCCCGCGAGUUCCGGGUUGUGUGUAAUCGGGGUGAGCGGUCCCGGUGUGGUGGACAGCUGGAGCUUCGUCCGUAUGGAGUACCAGGUCCGCAGUGUCGCCCCUAUCAGAGGGUGGUUCCGGGUCCGCGAGUUCGUCAGCGGGCCUCCAAGCCAGGCAACCGCCAGGAGGGUGCCCCCCAGUUGUGCCCGUUCCAGGUUGAUCCACGCCUUGUCGGUCCUGGGCACGUGCCAAUCCACUACUCUGAGCAGGUGUGUCGCCCUGUGGUAGUCUCUUAUAGAAGGGAGGCCAGUUCCACCUCGAUCUUUCGGUUGGUGAAGGUGGAUUUUCUUCAAUCUGGGGGUCUUAGAGCACCAUAUAAACUGUGUGAUGGCUGCCUUGACGGAUCUGAAGAAGGAGAUAGGCGGGUUAAUGGGGAUGGUUUGGAAUAGAUAAAGGAAGCGGGGCAAGAGGUUCAUCUUUAUAGCAUUUAUUCUUCCGAACCAGGACACACAGAGGCCCGCCCAGCGUGUCAGGUCUGUUUUCAAAUUCCUUAAGAUAUCUCGCCGGGAAGCCGUCCGGGCCCGGGGCCUUGUUCAAUUUGGCGCCCUUCAGCGCUAAUUGGAGUUCUUCCAGAGUUAGAGGGGCAUCCAGUUCCUCCGCCUGCUCGCGGCUUAAGGUGUUCAUUACGUGACGUUGGAGGUAUGCCUCUAUCUCUGUGUCCCUGCGGCGGUCGGCCUCUGCGGAGUGGUCUGUGGGUAAAUUAUAAAGCUCUUCGUAGAAUCCGCGAAAUGCGCCAAUUAUUCUAUCUGGUAGCUGUGAGGUCGACUGGUCUCUAGUCUUGAUCUUCGUGAUGUGGCACAGUCGGCGCCUCUUUUGAAGCGUCCGGGCUAGAAGACGGCCACACUUGUUGGAAUACUCGUAGAAGAAGCGUUGGUAUUUACGGAUGGUGUACUGUAGCUUCCCGUGCAGAAUAUCCCUUAGGGACUUCCUGGCGCUCAGGAGUGCUCUAUAGUUAUCGGCCGUCUGGGUGGUCUUGUGGUCAUUUUCCAAUUGUGUGAUUUGUGCGGUUAGAUCCUUUAUACGCUGUUUCUGCGUCCUGCUCCGGUGUGAGCAUAUUUUAAUGAGCAGUCCCCGAAUGACGCACUUAUGCGUUUCCCAGAUCGAGAGUGCCGGGAUGUCCGGGGAUUCGUUUUCUUUGAAGAAGUUGGUGAGAGCCGUACGGAUGUCCGCGGCAAUAGGCAUGUCGGUAAGGAUGGAUUCGUUCAUGCGCCACUGGCGCUCAGUCGGGCGGAACAGUGGGGAUCGAAUUCGUACAGAUACCGGUGAGUGGUCAGACCAUCCCAUGGGGUGUAUGUCUGCCGAAAGGAGCAUGGGUAAUAGCUCCUGGGCCAGGAACACGUAAUCCAGUCUGCUAUAUCAUUUGUGGACUGUAGAGUAAUAAGUAAAAUCUGUGUCGCAGGGUUGAAGCGCCCUCCAGGCAUCCACAAGACCAGCGUCCCGCAGCCCAUUUCUGAUGGACCUCAAGCCAUGUGGUGAGAACGAGCUCACUCCUCUGGACGUGUCCGUUCCCGGUUCCAGGGCGACAUUCAAGUCCCCGGCCAUUAUUAGAAAGCCCUCGCAGAACCUCUCCAGCUUGGUCAGCGUCUGUCUGAGGAAUUUGCGUUGGUGUAUGUUUGGGGCAUAUACACAGGCAAAGGUGUAUGUGCAUUCAGCUAUAGAGCCUUUGAUGAAGAGGGAGUGUCCCAUCGGGUCCGACUCAGUCCCCAUACAAAUGAACGGAACUGUGCGGGCCAGUAAGAUUGCCACUCCUGCCUUUUUUGUCGUAGAAUGAUUUGCAAAGUAACCCAGUGGGAAUCGUGAGUUGCGCAGCGAUGGGCCCUUGUCCCCCAGGAAGUGUGUCUCCUGGAGGAACGCUAUAGAUACCUUCUCGCUCCACAGGGUGCGCAAGAGAUGCGAUCUCCGCUCCGGCACGUUGAGGCCCCUGGUGUUAUUUGACCAGAUGUGGAGAGGCGCAGGAGUGAAUCCCGAUCCCAUUGUUCCAGGCAAAGGAGGAGUGAGGAAGGGGGGGAAGAAGCUAACAGGUGAGAGAGUAGGAGAGGAUUUAGUUAGGACCCCUCAGGGGUCACAGAAACUCGACACCGGGGGAGGAUGAGUCGCGCGGGCCACUCCUAGGGGGUGGACCACCGUCUCCCACCAAGUUUAGAUGUGGUGUCUGUCGCGGGGCACUAGACCAAGCGAGCACCGGCACAGCGCCCGGUCUGGGUGGUUAGAUCACAAUGUAACCCACGUGCCCAGUGUGGGUGUUCUCUAACUAUGUAGGAUGGGCUUGUCAGUUCAUUGCAGUCAAUACCCUCCAAGGGUGUCGGUUAGGUGUGUGUGAGUCAAAACCACUAGUCGUCUGCCCCCCUGGCCGAGGGUAUGUAGGCAGGUCAGUAUGCGUGGUGGCUGUCAAUCCCAGUCAGUCAUUUCGGGAACCGUCUGCGGUCAUUCAAGUCCGGGGGGGGUGGCCCGCCCUCCCCGGGGUCGCUGGUGUCACUGAAGUGUAGAAGGGCACCCCUGUCUGCCUGGGGACCGUGUGUGAUCACGGCCUCCUUGACUUUUAGUCCUCCCCAGUGGCAAGCGAGUCUGUCUUGGCCGGCCAUAGGUGGUCCAUGGUCACUUCUCCGUGGGUCAGCGGCAGUAUGGCUAAGUGCGGGCAGGGUCGGGGCAACAACCAUGGGUGUGGGACUCUGGCAGGGUGGAUGGCGUAAAACCGUUUGGAGCGUUUAGGCCGAUGUUGUCGUCUUCUACCUUGGUUUGGGCCUGGGUCCCCCGUGUCUCAGUCACCCAGAAUGCAGGAGUGUGUGUCCGCCAGACUAAGGUCACCUAUCAUGGGAGCUGUCCUCGGGCUCGUGCGGUCCCAGUCUCUCAAACCCGUGCUCCUAACCCCCUACCUCCCCCAUCUAGAGGCGUCCCCACCUAGCCCCUGACAGAUCAAAUCCUCGGCUCCAAUCUAUCGUGCAGCUAAUUAGGCAAGUCGUGAGUGCAGUGACCAAAAUACAUCCUACAUUAAAAUACAAGGCUUGAGAUCUGGUGGUGAGGCCCCGAACAAUAGGUCCCUGUACGGCCGCCUUCUGAGGGAAGGAGUCCCAUAUGUCCCGCCCCGACCCCUCUCCCUUCCCAAAGAUCCAGCAUAGACCAUCGGUGUGAAGUGACCCGGAGUAAAGCCCCAGCUAAUAUGUAGGCAGUAGUCCCUGGCCGUGUAAUUCACCCAGGUAUCACAGAAUCCCUUGGUGGCUGUUAUUCUCAUGUGCACGUGGCGUUGGCAGGGCCAUGUCGUACCGUGUGCAGCAGCUACGGAGAGUCACAGACCUGUGAGCCAGUCUGAGUAUCCCCCUGCCCACAGACCCCCCCCCCCAAAUAUCAGUCCGGAGAUGUGGUCCCCAGCAAAGACAGACAGCCCGCCAAACCCCCAGCUGACCUGUGCGAUAGCGUCCUAUUCUUCUGGGCCGUUCGGCCCACCUCUCCUGCGCGGCUCCGGUGGUCUACCUGUAGCCGCAUCGGCGUCCUGCAGUGGCAGCAGUGGAUCUCUUCGUGAAGCAGUCGCUUCGUCCAGAAUCCAGUUGCGUAUUCUCGAUGGUGCUAAACCCAGGGCCCUCUGGAACCUUGGGACGUCUUCAGGCCAGCGGGCCGUGAUCCAGGCAUUCCCAUGUUUCGCCUGCAGACUGAACGGGAAACCCCAGCGAUACGGAAUCCCCUUGUCUCUCAGGGCACUGGUGACCCGCCUCAGGGCCCGCCUCGCAUCUAGGGUGAGGCUAGAGAGAUCUUGGUACAGUGAGACUGCCGUUCCUCGAAACUGUAUGGAUGGAAGGCCCCUGGCCGCCGCCAUAAUUCUGUCUCUUAGGCCUGGAGCGGUGAUGCAGCAGACUACGUCUCUGGGGCUGCCAUCCUGUCUCGCAGGCCCCAUGGCUCUGUGAGCGCGGUCUAUGGUGAGCGUAGCGGGCGGUACAGCUCCGAGGAGCUGUGUAAACAGCGCUGACAGGGUGUCUGGGAGCGGCUCGUCUUCCCUUUCAGGCAGGCCGCGAACGCGGAUAUUAUUGCGUCUGCUUCUGUUCUCCAAAUCCUCCACUUGUCUCCGGAGGGUAAGGAGCAUGUUACCCUGCCUGGUAACUGCCACUUCUGUUGCUCUGUGCUGGUCGUCACAGCCCCUCGCCACCGACUCCAUUUCAUCUACUCUCUGCUCCAGGGUGGACAGAUCUUCGCGCAGGCCUGCCAGCUCUUCCCUCAGUGCAGCUCUGAGUUCCUGUACUAUGGGGCCUGUAUCAGCUUUGGUGAGCAUCCUCCUGGAGAUCUGAGAGAGCUCCAUUCUAAUUUGAGACAGGUCUCCUGCUUGGUUGGAUUCCGACUGGGAGUCUCCCGUCAUCUCUGAGUCCGGGGACCCGGGCGCCAUCUUGUCCACAUGGCGGGUGCCGCGAAGGUCGGACGGGGUGGCGAUAAAAUCGUCCAUGGGGCCGGUAUUACGGUGCGGGGAGCUUGCCGCCGCAGCUCCCGAGGAUAGGGGCUUCUUUGUUCUCACCAUCGCCUCUCUUUGCCGUGCUUUGAUAGCUAAUUUAGCCGGCCAGGGGUGCAGAGCUCUCGCACCAUGCUCGUCCAGGCCACGCCCCUCACCAUCAAAGUAUUUUAAAGGUCUGGGGACACAUUCUUAAAGGGGCAUUGUUCCCAAAAGUCUCAAUAUGCUCCAAUAACAGUUUUAAAGGGCCAUACACCACAGGUCCAUAAUCUUGGGGCAAAAGGUAAGCAAUCAGGUCCCUCCAGAACCCAGUGGCGAGAGUAACUUUCGCCACACUGUGAGCAGUCUUUUCUGCUCUCUCUUGGAAAGGGGCUGAGGAAGGGGACAAUGACACACAAAGGGGCUGGUGGAAAGUAAGAGGCACACAAAGGGUGUUGUAAGACACAAAAUGGAAAAUGCAGAUAUAAUUCACUAAAGGGGAUGUAAGGCACAAAAGGGGUCUGAGAAACACACAGGUGAAAAUGACAUUUUUAGUGGGGGUGCAAAAUUCAUCUACACCUGAGCAGUCAAAAAUCCUUGCACCGGCCCUGAUGGGUGUGUGUGUGUGUGUGUGUGCUCAGGUAUGUAUUCCAGGAGAAAGAAAACUCAGUUGUUUCUUUUUAAAAGGUGCUUUUGGUGUGGUGAUGAAUCUCGGUGACAGAGUUGGAGUUCUCUGCCUACACGACCCCUAAAAAGCAUUAUUUUAACUUAUUCGGUUUUGUGCAGAGAUUUUUAUAAGUUAAUAGAUGCUAUUUCUGUUGUGUAUUAAGAUGUGUUGAAAUGAUAAUAGGUAUGUUAUUUUGUGUAUGCUCAACUGUUAACCGUAUGAAGAAUUUGUAUUUUAAACACAGUACUGUUAUUUCCAGAACUCCCUUUUGGGUUUAAUUACUAAACUGGGAAUUGGCAAGAAUACUCAUAAACAUUGCAACGUUUAGGCCAAAUAUCUGAGCUGGGAAAACAAUGCUGACUUUUUUUUCCCCCAAGAUGUUAGCCUACAAUUUAAAAUUGUCCUGUGGAUUCUUGCUGAUUUCUCAAAUAAAUAAAAAUCCAAUGUCAUUUUUGGAGGUGGGGAAAGGGGUUGGGUGGAAUGUUUAUUGAUUUAUAUCUUCUAUGUUUUCUAAACUAUUAUAUAAUCUUCUUUUCAUUCUUUUAGCAUUCUGAGACUAGAAUUCCUCUUGAAACAGGUUGCAGUAUUAAUCUCCAGUGGAAUCAUGCAUGCCCACUAAUGAAUAUACAUUCAAUUUUUGUUUUGUAUGUGUUUUACAAAGAAAAAAGACAAACUUAAAAAUCUUUUUUUCUCCUAGGAGCAAAAAUAUUUAAGGUAACGAUUAAAGCUCUAUCUUCAAAUGAGUAUAUAAGAAUCCAUGUCCCCGAUCCCUUGGACAGGAAUGAUGGAUCCUACGUCAUGAGAUAUCGCAUGUACGGCAGUGUUACCGAGGGACUAAUUAUUGAAGUACUCCAUGGGGAUAAACACGUGGCUCAGUCUCCUUAUAUACUGAAAGGUAAGGGACCAGUUACAUAACAAAUAACAUUAAUAUCGGCUUUGGUAGGUCCCAGAAAUACUUGGGGUUACUGCUUACAGAUUCUGUCUUUUAACACAUCUAUCUGCCAUCCAUACAGAGAAUCUGUUCAUUAUUAAAGGAUCCGUUGGUUUUUUUUUAGGAACUGGAUCUGAGAGGGUGACCGAAGUGUAGAGCCAUCCUUAAAAAUAGUAGCCAAGAGUAACCAAUAUUUAAGCAUUCCCCUGUGUUUUACCUGUGCAGUCGUAUCUAUGUAAAGGGAACAUUUAAAACAAUUUAGCUUUUUACGGGAGAUUUUUUAAAGUACUCUCCUAACAAGGGCACAACCACAUUCUCCCUCCGAUGCCCAACAUCCGUAUUUCUACAUGCGCACAGCAGACUGUGUGUAGUGUCAUUGAGUCUUCUGAGGCUGGUCACUUAACUAGAAUUCUGGCUACAGACAUAACUGUCACAACACUACGGCACACCUACAGUUUUUGAUCACCUUAUAGUUUCUUGCUUUGGAUUCUCGGUGACUAACAGAAUAACAAAACAUACAAGGGAAACGUAGAGUGAAAUAAAGAAUGACAGGCCAGAGGUCAUUGCACAAGACAGACAUAUUAACUCUUAGCUUACUGCUACUACUUAUUAUAAUGACAUCCUAUUAGACGUCAUAAAUUUUCUUUUUUGGACAUACAGAUUAUAAAUCCAUGUAAACAAAAGGUAUUAAUGUUUGUUUUUGUUCCUUUAUUUAUUUUAUAAUUCAAGUGGGUUUUGUUUAUACAAACUAAUGGAAAGCACACAAGCAGUUAUUCUAGUGAUGUAUCUUCACUUUGUCUGGAAACAAUGUUCGGUAGGUGUGGUGAUCCAUUAACAUUUUCUGUCUCUUAAUGUCUGUACAGAUACUCGAGCACUCUGCCCUGGCUUGUCAAGGGAUCAGUAAAGGAUAUACUUGUUUUAAUGCGAGGGCCUCAUAAAUCCCUUCCUGUGCCCUUCCCUUAUUCAGUAAUAAGCAGCACUUGCUGGUGCCAAGUUACAUGACACCGUAUACUUUACAGGCAACGCCAGCUAUUGUAAAUGUCCUAACCACAGAUCAAGAGUGGCUGCAGGAAAACCAAUGGGAUUUAUUUGCUAAACUGUGAAGCAUUUAAAUGGUUAUUCAAUAAACUAGGUAUUCUUAGGGAAUGACCACGUAGUUCCUAAUGAACUAGUAUACUCCAUGUGUGUCCCUAAAUCAUCCUCUUCCCAAAACUCUUCAAUUCAUGUCCUUGUAUCACUUUUAUGUCAAUAACACUUUAUUUCCAUGAAUAGUUCAAAUGUGACUGAGCCACUUUAAAUGACAACUGUAUUUUUGAUAAAGCACUCCCUUUCUCCAAUCCUAUCUAAAGAAAUGAGGAUUAUCUGCUUUCAGAAAUAAUUUAAAUUGAUUUGUAAAAUCAAACAUUAACUGUGCACUCUAAACAUCAUAACUACUACAACUCAGUGCGUUGGUUAUGGUGGAAACAGAAUAUGGACACAUCCUUGGCUGCCCGCCCCUCUUUAUUUUAUCAGACUAUUUGGGAGUAGUUUAACAAAUAAAAAAACGGCUUGUCUCAGCACCAAAAACAUGCCCUCUCUGCAUCUGCAAUGAUAAUAUAGAAAUUACAAUUCUGUCCAACCUGGAUGACCGUGAUUGGCUGAGAUUACUGUGAACUGAGAAAGGCUGAAAUCGCAGUCUAUCACUGCUUUCCUUUCUUGGAAAACAUUGAUAUUGUGUAAGUGAUUGAUUAUUCCAUAUUAUCAAGUCGUCUGGACCAAAGUGCUAGGGGGAGUCUGUUGUUGUUGUUUUUUUUUUUUUUAAAUUUUAUAAAAAAAAAUAAAAAAAUGAAAAACACGACCUGGAUUUGUUGCCCAUACCCUCUUUGCACCAUAAAUACUACACUAAAUUGUAGUUAACAGAAAGAUAAUGGGUCAGCGCUAAAAAAUCAAUAGAACCUAAGGACAAAUGGGGAAGCAGCAACCUAUAGUAUUGAGGUUCCCUCUCGUACCCUCAAAUAAGAUAGACAGACGAAAAGAUAAUAUAUAGGUUGCGCUAUAUGCUCAUAAACAAAAGGUAAAUGGAAUGAGACAAAUAUAUAUGAAUAAACAGGAAAAAUAAUCCCAGUGAUAAAAAGUCUUUUAUAUAAAACCUGUAAAAAUGCUUGAAUAUAGAAUGAGUCCAAUGGGUAGCUGGGUCUUCUGAUGUUGAAGAUAUCUCAGUUCAAUAGUGGGUGUAUGAACAUGUAAAAGAGACAGAGAGACUCCAAUGGUAAAGAUUGCAGAUCGACAAAUUGGUAGAUAAAAAUUCUAACAGAUGAUCCACUCACCUAUUUAUGAGCAUAAACUAGCUCAAGUGGUUAUAGCGUUCAGUGGCGUUGAUCCUCCACUGGUAGGAUAUAGGUGGUGAAGAUAUGAUGAGCUCCUCAGUAUAUAGAGAGAUAAGAAAACGAUAUAGUGCUCACUGAAAUAAUAGAAAAGUCAAUGGAUAAAAGCGGUAAAAUACUCACAUAUAUAUACUGCUCAAUAUAAUGGCGUAGGUGGUAUUAUCCCCACCUAGGAUUCUUGGGCAAAUGUGUGCUCCGAUGUAGCAGGUACCAGGUAUAAAAUACUAAAAAGUUAUAUAAAGGCUAGUAAAAAGGCCAAUAUUCCUUUAUUAAUAAUAACAGAAUAGAUAUAUAUAACAAAUAUAAAAACAGCCAAAACACGUUUCGUCUCACAGGGCUUUCUCAACUGGCAAUAGAAAAUAACAACCUGGUACAUAGAUGCUUUUAUAAACUAUCUGAGCAUAUGCAAAUUCAAAAUUUGGUGCCAAAAUGACGUCAUCAUUAAAAUACAGAAAUACAAAGAAAAGUACAAAUCUUAAAGAUAUUCAUAAUAUAAUGAUCUAGGAAUAAUCCAAACUGUUUGAUUCAUUAUUAAAAAUGAACAUUAUAUAAAUUAAACGAUAAGAUGAAUAAAACUAAUGAAAUCAUGUGAUCGCGCGGUCACAUGGUGUGGCUAAAGUACUAUAGGAAAUGUAUGCUGAACGUCAAAUUGCUAGAUGUCAGCAUACUAGGCGGAGAGUAAUAAGAGCCACGUGGUCGCGAGCUCCCGCGACCACGUUGUAUAGCUGGGAAGGCUAUGGGAAAUGUAUGCUGAAAUCAGCAUACUAAAAUGUCAUAAUGGUUGGCGGAAAAUAGUGACAACCACGUGAUCGCGAGCAUCCGCGACCACGUGGUAUAACAUAAAGAACCAUGGGAAAUGUAUGCUGGGCCAGAGAUCGGCGCAAACAUACACGCCCCUCUCAUGGCACCAGCAUACAUAAUCCAAAUAGCUCAAAAUAAGGACAAAAUACCUGGCAAAUAGUAAACCACAUGUAAUGGCAAAAAGAAAAGGUUAAAAAAAUUAUAUGACAAUUUGUACAAAACAUAUUAUAGAAACACAUAUUAAGAAAGAAUAAGCCUCUAAGGGGUGGGCACUUUCAUAUAUGAUGAUCCAAAAGUUAGGGGCAUUCUACUGAAUAUAAUACCAUAGUAUUUACAGUAAAAGUUAGAGGCAUUCCAAUGAAAAUAAUACCACAGUAAUUACAAUGAUAAAAACCAUAUAAAAACACAGUAAAAAAUUAAAAAAAAAUAUUGUUUUAAUUAAAAAGUAUUUUAUAUAUAUAAACAUUAUAAUUAUAUUAUAAAAAAAUGAAAAGAUCAAAAUCUGCAUUUAAGCCAUUAGGACAGAGGGUUUUUAGUUGGAAAACCCAAUUCAUCUCUCUUUUUCCUAAGAUUUUUUUUCAUAUCAUUAAAUUGUAGUUGUUGAAGUGCUUAGAUUAACAAUUCAAGCUGAAUAAUUACACCAAUUACUUUCUAGAAACAGGACUAUAGAAGUAGCUGGAUUGGUUGGAAUGCAGAUCUAGUUUGUAGUCCAUUCAAGUUCUGCUAAAUAACCCCAUAUCGUUAGACACUAGGUCAGGCUGGCCAAUAGUGGUGCAUUGGGACAUAUGCAGGCUUUUCCAGAACUGUCCGAUUACAGCAAGAAACAUUAAAAUGGGCUGUAUAAAGUAGACAAAAAACACAGGAAGAAUCUGUUCGCUGAAAGCAAAUCCAUGUGUACCUAUACGUGGAAAAAAAAAUAUAUAUAAAGGUAAUUAACUCAAAUUAUACAAAUUGGGAUAAGCCAAUGUAUUUCCAAUCCUCACAUUUUCUAACUGCCCAUUUCAAACACCAAAUUGACUGUAAGGUUUAGUUUUGCAUUGUUGUAUUGUAAUUCAGAGAAUGUCCGCAAUGAUGUUGAAAGGGGAUUAACAAAAAGAAAUGUACAACUAUACUUUCUCAUUUUAUUUAGGACCAGUUUAUCAUGAAUACUGUGAUUGUCCUGAAGAAGAUUCACAUAUAUGGCAGCAGACUCUUUCAUGUCCAUCCAAAGAAACACAAAUUUCAAAAGAUUUUGCCCCAUUCCCUAUCAUAGACCUGGAAAGGAUGCUGGAAGAGGUCCCCCGGAGGUUUGCUGAGAAGAGAGGUGCCAUUGUUCAUUAUACUAUUCUCAAUAAUAAUGUCUAUCGGCGUUCCUUGGGCAAGUACACAGAUUUCAAAAUGUUCUCGGAUGAGAUACUGCUAUCGUUGUCAAGAAAGGUAUUUGCCAAGAUUUGAUAUCAAAAACAUAACUUCUAACUAUAAUCAUUUUUUAGUUGGUUGAACAAAGGAAAGCAUGCUUUAGGUAUUUAGGUAUUUGUGGUUUAUAUUUUGAAGGCCUGUUUAUUACUACUUUACCUAAGGCUGUUGUCUCUACACAUGAGUCACAUGAAUAUGGUUGUUUCAAAAGUAUUCUGAAUAUAAUCGUAAUCCAACUUGUUGUAUUGUUUGUGUUUUUUUUUAAAUGUAUUUAAUUAUCUGAACUUUUUAUUUUUUUAUAAGGUCCGCUUGCCAGAUUUUGAAUUUUAUAUAAAUGUUGGAGACUGGCCUGUGGAGCAUCGAAAAGCCAAUGAUACUCCUGGACCUCUGCCAAUGAUUUCGUGGUGUGGCUCUGUUGAUUCACUUGACAUCAUUCUUCCAACCUACGACGUCACUCACUCAAGCCUUGAAACCUUACGUGGUGUGACUAAUGACCUUCUUUCUAUUCAAGGACACACUGGUACAUUAAUUAUUUGACAUUUCAUAUCAAGCCUACGAAGUUAUACACAUUUGUUUGCUCAUACCGUUAUCAGCAUUCUGGUCAUUGCCUAAGACGUGAAAUAGCUUUCACAAACCUACAGCUACAAGCUGCUCUAUGUAGUUUCCCUCUUAUGCAUAAUGAUUGAUCCAUAAAUUCAACUUCUCUCAUUAGGCCUAUCACACUUUCUGCUCCAGGACCACAAAUCCCUAAAUCAAGCAUCGCAUGCCACAAUUCCUAGGGAUUUCUGCUCGCCCAGGCUGAAUUUUCACUCCUCAAAGGCUAGUGGAGAGUGGAAAUUUGAUCCUAGCCUCAAAGUGACCUUGUACUCCAGAUACUCUGAGGACUGGUCAAUUUUAAUGGGAUUUGGUAGGACAUUACUUCUGUUACCAGGUUGCUGUUUCCAAAUGUAGUCUCAGUGGUACUAACCUGAAAAUAAACUGCUGAAGUCUGCUUUUCAUAACUUGGUUUUAGAAUGGAUUUUACUUCAUUCCAUAAAUUCGUGGGUUUCUUUUUGGUUUUUUUAUGGUUGCAUCUGAAAUAGAAUUUCGCACUAUUAAAGGACCACUCUAGGCACCCAGACCACUUCAGCUUAAUGAAGUGGUCUGGGUGCCAGGUCCCUCUAGGAUUAACCCUUUUUUUUAUUUUUUUUAUUUUUUUAUAAACCUAGCAGUUUCAGAGAAUCCAGCCUCUAAAGCCUCUAGUGGCUGUCUCAUUGACAGCCGCUAGAGGCGUUUGCGUGCUUCUCACUGUGAAAAUCACAGUGAGAAGAUGCCAGCGUCCAUAGGAAAGCAUUGAGCAUUAACAAUUCAAGCUGAAUUGAGAAUGCUUUCCUAUGAGACUGGCUGAAUGCGCGCGCAGCUCCUGCCGCGCAUGCCCAUUCAGCCGAAGAGGAGGAGAGGAGGCGGGAGGAGUAGGAAAGCUCCCCGCACAGCGCUGGAGAAAAUGUAAGAUUUAACCCUUUGCUCGCCAUCCAGCCCGGCGGAAGGGUGUCCCUGAGGGUGGGGGCAUCCUCAGGGCACUAUAGUGCCAGGAAAACGAGUAUGUUUUCCUGGCACUAUAGUGGUCCUUUAACUAUGUGCUAUAUUAAGAUUACAAAAUUAAAGUGUGUCUGAGAACAGAACAUGUAAUUGUGAAGUGGAAUAUGAUGGCACUAUAAAAAUGAAAAUAAAUAUUAUUCAUUAAAGUUUACUGAUUUAAUUUCAGGUCCGUCAUGGAGUAACAAAACAGAGCAAGCCUUCUUCAGAGGACGAGACAGCCGAGAGGAACGUCUUCAGCUUGUCGAAAUGUCCCAGAAGUACCCAGACUUACUGGAUGCUGGCAUUACUGGCUAUUUCUUUUUUCGGGAGCAAGAAAAAUUACUUGGAAAAGCGCAACUUAUGGGGUUCUUUGAUUUCUUUAAAGUAAGUUCGUUUUUUUUUUUUUGUUUUUUUUUUGGGUUUCACCUUUUAUUGAAUUGAUAGUACAGAGUAGACUUUGUCAACAUACAGAUCAAUUCAUCUCAAACAAAACCCUUUUGACUCCUCUCGUACAGAGGUUUAAAAAACAAUUUAGUUAUGUAACGGAUUACCUGGCACCCCGACUGGGUACCUCCGUUGAAGGAUGCUCCUAGCACUUCCAAAGGACUCCAAGCACUGCAGCAGACACCAUAACCACCGUAGACUCCUCCAGACAGCAGGGCAGGAACAAGCUCUUACAAGAGCUUAGUAGUGAUUUAGAAAGGGAAUAUGCAGAGCAUAGCAAUCCCUUGUAGCAGAUUCCCCCAAUAAGAGACGGCACUCCAAAUUGAGGGUGAAGUAGAACUGCCAGAGCUGUGGGUUUAUUGUUCUUAUAUACACAUUCUUACACAUUAGUACCACCGACAGGGUUUUGUAAAACAACCAAUAAACACAUACAAUACACUCAGACACUCCCACACAAAAUCCUCCCCUCUGCCUGUGAUACAAUUACCUUACACAAUGGGUUAAUGUAAUUAUCACAGGCAGGAAAAUACAGUUUUACACAAUAUUCAUAACUUUAAAAGUAUGCAUCACAUUCACAUAAAACUUACAUUUUCAGAAUCCGCAUACUCCAAAUACGUCAAAAUUUGGUCUAGUGGGUCAAAAGUUAGAUCAAAGUCCUUUGAGACCAAAUGAAACAUGGCUUUUCUGCCAAAAAACUGUUCCACAGAGUCUUCUAUCCUGGAGAUAAUUGGGAAGUAAUCCAAUUAUCUCCAAGGACAGAGGCAAAACCCCAUUAGCCACAUGGUAGCAAAAGACAAUAAAAUACAUAAAAAUAUAUAGCUGUGCAGCUAUUGCAUUAAACAGGUACAUUAAACAUAUCCCCAGAUAGCUUAGAUCUGAGCGCACAUUAUUACUGAAUGGCGCUCAGAUCACAUACAUACAGUUCAAUUGCCAUGGAGCCAAAGUCUUUCACAUAGUCUUUCGUUAUACGAAUGGGCUCCAUGGCAUAGCUAACUGGGGUAUCACUGUUCAAAUGACCCAGCUUUCGGGUCUUUGCGAGGAAAAUCAAGCAUUUCAACAUGGGGCCAUAGUCACAGGGCAGGAGGCUGGCAAUCAGUCUUCUCCAAUGCCCAGUGGCGAGGCUGGUUCCGCCACAAGUUGUUUGUAGUAAACAAUCAUUGGAAGUUAUUUUGGGGAUCUACUAUAUUCAAAUGCAAAGGUUUGUGCCAUUUAAGGAUCAACAUACGACCCAAAGAAAAUCUGUGAGGGACAGCCUUUCAUAAUCAUUAUACGCCCCUGAUGGAGGAAAUGUAAAACCAUAGAUUUUAGUAGGCAAAAUGAACCCCUAUCCCAGAGGGAGGCUCUUAGUAAAAUGGAAUAUGAAAUCAAAUAGAUCUAUCUUUAAAAGUCUAGUAUUUAUAGGCAAAAGCAAUCUUACAAGACCAUGUUCAGGUGGUAUACCACCCCUAUCAAAUUGUAUCAUAUGCAUAGAAUUUCUACUAACUUGCUGGAGACUGUGUGGGCAGUGGUUUACCGGUUACAUGUGAUGGGAAUGCCCACAGGCACAGAUCUUUUGGGUGAAGGUGGGUGAACAAACAUUUUUAAAAAGCAAUUGGCCCUAGACCCCUGGAUCUCUUUACUGUCCAGACCACUAGAUGGGUGGACCAGCACGAAACAAAAACUGCCCCAUAAUAUAACUGUAGCAGCCCAAUGAGCUUUUGGCUCAGAUGUAGCUAAACCCUGCCAUUCCUCCUAUCGAUACGGCACUCCUGAAACCUAAGGACAACUACUUGGUGGACAUGCUAACCGCUCAGGUCAGGGGUAACGUGAAAACCUUUACAAAGAUCUGGAACCAUGGGAGACUUACAUUGUCAACCCCUAAGACUGCAUUGGCUGUUUCGUGACAUGGGGACUGGUAGUGUGGCACAGGUGAGCCCUGGGAGUCGCUCCAUCUGUGUAAUAAGACCACUUUCUCUUCUUCUCUUUCUUUGCUUUCUUUUUCUAUUUCUCUCUUCCCUAUAUUAUAAUCCUCAAUGUGGUUUUCCACCAAGACAGAGCUAGAAUCCAUGAGGGGUGGGACAUGAUACCUCUGUAAGUACUUUUGCAUUAAGACAAUGGGUAACAAUGCCCAGAGAUUCUCGUGCUUUAAAAGAUUACUUCUAGUGGGCUACCAUUGUGAUAAAAAUAUGAAUAUGGUCUUCUCACUAAACAAGUCUCAUACUAUUGCUUAUUGUUGGUGUGUUCCAAUGGCAUCCUUCCCUAUGUUUGAUGCUUUAUACUAUAUCCAAUGAUUUUGUAUUUCAUUGUCCUGACCACUGUCGAUGUUUUUCUUUUUUUUUUGUUCUCGCUGCUCAAGUAUAAAUAAAGAAUGGGAACAUAGAAACAUAGAAUGUGACGGCAGAUAAGAACCAUUCGGCCCAUCUAGUCUGCCCAAUUUUCGAAAUACUUUCAUUAGUCCCUGGCCUUAUCUUAUAGUUAGGAUAGCCUUAUGCCUAUCCCACGCAUGCUUAAACUCCUUUACUGUGUCAACCUCUACCACUUCAGCUGGAAGGCUAUUCAAUGCAUCCACUACCCUCUCAGUAAAGUAAUACUUCCUGAUAUUAUUUUUAAACCUUUGUCCCUCUAAUUUAAGACUAUGUCCUCUUGUUGUGGUAGUUUUUCUUCUUUUAAAUAUAGUCUCCUCCUUUACUGUGUUGAUUCCCUUUAUGUAUUUAAAUGUUUCUAUCAUAUCCCCCCUGUCUCGUCUUUCCUCCCAGCUAUACAUGGUGGGGGGGGAGGGAAGGAACAAAUUAAAACGGGAGAUAUUUCUUUAAGUGCAUGUUCUCCAUUUGUUCCUGUAGUACAAAUACCAAGUGAACGUUGACGGAACGGUGGCAGCUUAUAGAUUUCCAUAUCUCAUGCUGGGUGACAGCCUUGUAUUGAAGCAAGCGUCUCCAUACUAUGAACACUUUUACUCUGCGCUAAAACCAGGCAAACACUACAUUCCUAUCAAACGAAAUCUCAGUGAUUUGAUUGAAAAAAUACAGUGGGCUAAGGUAAGCUCGUUACUCUACUUUGAUUCAAUUUAACUGACUUUAAAAAUCUGUAUAAUCUGUGUCUAACCUGCCCAUAAGUAUAGAUAGGUGCAUCAUAUUAGACGUGUUUUCCAUUUUUUUAAUUUUUUAUUUUUUUUUACCAAUUUGCAUGUAUCUUUCUCCUUGUCACGGCUGCUAGUGUGGUCCAACACGCAGAAACUAUGUAAACAUAUACAUAAAAAAGGAAAGGGGGGAAAAAAAAAGGACCGAGCGUAAACCGGACCUUAGAAUGGCCAGACUAAUACGCUAGAGAUAGAGAAUGGUCAAAGGGAAAGCCGAGGUCAAGGAAGCCAGAAAUACUCAGAUACCGUUUAAACAAGCCAAGUCAGGGGAACCAGAAUAACCAGGGAAAAGCCAAGAUCAGGAUACCAGGAAGUAAUAUUCACAAAGAUAAACGCACUGCUGUUCAGUUUGGACAGAAUCACACUGGAUAAUGCAGACGUAUAGAUUCAGUAUUGUCAAUGCAACUGAGAUGGUGGUGGGGCUUCGAGUGCCAAAGAGAUCCUUGGGGUUUGUCAAAUCACUCCAAAAUGGAGCCCAUAGCAUUAAACCACCAUAAGCAGUGCAUUGAAUAUAGAGUAUUAUUUUAACAUUUGGGAUCCACUCUCCACAACACAUAUUUUGUACUAAGAACUGUUUCUGUUCCUGCAAUAACAAAUAAUAAUUUAUCCACCAAAGUGCUAUUAACAUUGUAUAAUACACAUUCCCUACAGUAUUUCUGGACCUUGCACUCCAGAAUAAAAACCCUGAUCAGUGUGCGAGGACACAUACAUACCAUUAUAAAUAAAUAGAUCCAUAAUGGUAAAUUAGUCAGGACAUAUCCUUUUAGCUGCUACUACGGUCAUUCUCAGAUACUGGAGGUCACCAAAAAUCCCUACUAUUAAAGAAGUUUUUAAUUAUAUACUAGAAAAUAAGGGGUACAGACUGGCAAUCAGGCAACCUUCUUUGCCGUUAGAUAACCUCAGACACUACUGGGGUGAAUGGGGAACAAAGAUUCAAAGGGAAUAUAGGUUUUUGAUUGCUUGUACAAAGAAAUGUAUUUGGAAAAUAGUUUGACAACAAAAAGUUUUAUUCUAUUAUCCGAUUAUCUGAACUAGGUAUUGUUGUGUCAUGUUAUGUAUACUAGAAUUGGUUAUAGUCAUUAGAAUUUAAGUUGAAAAAAGCUAUUUUGGAUGUAUGCACAACCCUUCCCAUCUUUUCCUUCUCUUUCUUCUUUCUCCCCCCCUCCCACCCUCCACCCGCCCCAUUUCUUUAUUUUUUUUGUUUUACUUAUUAACAUUGUAAUUUAAUUGCAUAGUUCAUUUAUACCAAUAUGUUAUCAUGAUCAAAAUUGAUUGAAUAGUGCCUGUUCAAUACUUUCAUAACUGAUUUACAUAUGAACUGGAUACAUUGAUAUUUACUCUUUUUAUGUAUAAUAUAUGGUAUUUUCUUUUUUUAUUGUAAAAGUUAUUGCUAUUGUAAAAAUAUAUAUUUAAUAACAUUUAUUUGAAAGGGGGGAAAAAAACACCUGGCAAUCUGGAAAAACAGUGUGAUUUAAUUUUUUUUUUUUUUUUUUUUAAAUGUAGUUUUUAUUAUUUUCAAUGUUCAAGAUAUAAUGUGGCAUCAAGCAAGGUUGGGAGAGGCAGGUCCCUAUUAUCAUGUUUUUAUAUAUUUGAUGAUAAUAAUAAACUAUUUAACCAGGAAAGGUACAUUCAGAUUACUCUGGUUUUCAAGUACGUCCUGGGGAUGUUACCUUAGCCCAAAAUCCAGGGGUUGUUACUAUAUUUAAGGUAUUAGAUGAAAACUUGGGAGACUUGCAGGUCUCAUAUGAGUCGUAUUCGAGCAGGAAUUGGAGAUGCGCAGGUCUCCAUCUUAUUAUGUAACAUGAGCAGGACGCGCAGGUGCCUUUGUACAUGAAGUAUGCAGGAAACAUUGCAAAAAGUCUUAUAGGUUAGAGGUUUGCGGUCUUUUGGCUUGGUUGGACUUAACAUUUGCAAAUCCCUUGUCAGGUCUCUACAAAUCCUAGUUUAUUGAAUAACUUUAUCAGUAUUUGUGACGUUAACGCAUUGUGACACAUUAGAUUGAUUUUGGUUACAUUUUUUUUCAUGUCAUGUAGUUCUUUUAGAAGCUCUUUUUAGAAACAUAUGAUUUAUUUUCUUCUCAGUAUGACUCAAUAGUUUGCACAUGAAAAGUUCUAAGUUUCUAAACUUUUGUUUUUUCAUUAAUUUGAUUUUCAGGAAAAUGACGAAAAAGCUAGAAAGAUUGCCAAAGAGGGCCAAGCUCUUGCCAGAGAACUGCUGCAGCCUCAUCGUUUCUACUGCUAUUAUUAUAACGUCUUCCAGGUUGGUUUAACAAUGUAACGAAUAUAAUCUAACCUUUUAUUUAAAAAAAAAAAAGCACUUUUCUCUAUAUAGUGAGCCAACACGACCUUCCAAGGACCAGCAUUACAGACAGGCCAGAUUAACCCUAAAGCACUUUAGGAAAUGAAAGUGCUUUAGGUGACUGGAACAUUCCUUUAGAUAGAAUGUUCAUCAAACUAUUUGAAUGUAACUCAAAAACUGAAAACCGGGAUUUAAAAUCAGUGUCUUGCGUUGAGUAACUUCACUUUGUCAUGCAAAUGUUCAUCAUCAUCUAUAGAUGAUGUUCUUCAAGGCAUUACAAUCUGGUUGGCAAAGAGAUUACCUAGAGAUUGUUGCAGAUCACAUACACUACUUCUUCUUCUUCUUCUGGUGUCUUCAAAAUUUAUUGAAGCAAUGUAUGAGAUUUUGAGUGAUUUCCAUAUAAACCAAACAAUGUUCUGCUUAUACUUUGAGUUGUUACAGUUCGUAAUGCAAACGCCAACAUUUAGACCUAAAAAGCAACACUUUAACUACAGCUGAAUAUAAGAUUUUUUUUUUUUAAUCUGCUACAUUUUGCCAUUACUUUUACAAAUCCCUAUAAAUUGGAGUUUAGUGAAUAAAACCUUUUACAAAGUCAAAUGUAAUUAAUAAUUAAAUAUUAUUUUUUUCUACCUAAAUAAUCUAAAGCAUUUUUUAAAAUUAUGCUUUAUUUUAUCAUAUAUUGCUUCAUUUAUGUUCUGAAUUCAAAGAUCCAGCCCAACCUGUUCUAGUUUUUAACCUUUUUAUUUUCCUAAUGAUUCACAGUAUAACCACUCAGAAUAUUCACUGUUUUUCAGAAUUAUGCUAAGCGACAAACAAGCCGUCCUGCAAUCCGAGAGAAAAUGGAACAUGUACCUCAACCUACUGACAGUUCCGCAGUGUGCCAAUGCCAUAGAAAUAAGAUCGUCCGAGAAGAACUGUAGCAAUUCAGAGGAGUAACAUGCCUACAAAGAAUAUAGGGAGAACGUUUUGGAACUCGGAAUGUCCCAAUGACUACCAGAUUACACACAGUGGUACUAUUGUGGCCAGUGGAAGUAACUGACAUAUUGCUAUGGACACUCUGUCUUACUUCCACAUCACAGCUAUGUACUCUACAGAAUAACACAACCCUCUGUCCCCUCUACCUCUACAUUUUAUUUUAGGUAGCACUACCAUAAAUAUGUAUAUUUCUACAGUUGAAUUGUGUAUAUUGUAGCUAUACACAGAUGUAUUGCCUCCAUUUCCGUAGUGGACACAUGCAUUUUAUUGUUUGCAGGAGAACAGUACAAUUUGGUAAAAGCUUGAGGCACCAAAAUUAUUAGAAAUCUUCCAAUAUCACAUCAUAAAACCAAGUCACGAUUUUUACAUGCUGUACACGACGGCAGAUGAUUUAUGUAGAAAAUGAAAAAGUCUCCUGUAUCUUUAAAACCACCAUUUUGUCUCCCAUUUUUCAAAAGGAAUCAUUGAGCAGUGCUUCUUAAAAAUGAAGUGAAUUCAUUCCACUUAAGUCAGCCAUUUAUAUGAGCGCUUACUGAGAAAACAUGGAUAUGACACAUAUAUCAAGAUUUCAGCUUUAGUCAAUGUUAUUUAUUUAAUAUAAUCUAUAGAUCAUUAGUAGCCACUGUCAUACGCCAGUUGAGACCUUUCAAUUCUGGUGAUGCUUAGCCAGGCAUGGACACUCCUUUUUGUCAUGUAGUGAUUGCUAAAUUGAUGUGGAUCAUAAUAGUUUUGGUUCCACCACAUUUUAAGAGCCACCUACCGAUAACCCCAAAUAUUUAGGUUAACCUUAUCUGCUUCUCUCCAGCUAUCAGAUCUCUGGGUACCAAAAUACCCAACUGUCAAUCACAUGAUGAUGCGAUUACGCACUGGAGAAGGCUCAGAGCCUCGGUAUAUGUUGUAAAAGAUGGAUAUACAAAGACAUGGUUAAUUGUUUUACAUUUCUGUUAUGCUUUUAGCUUUCCAAUGCAUGACGUAGUACAUCAUAGUCUAUUCACCAUGGAUAUCCCUAUUUACCAUCCUAGAACAUAAAUUAUGCAAAAUGAUAAUUGCACUGACACUCUAACAACCAAGCGUUACCAAAGAUUUCUUUACUUUGUUUGGUAUAAAUCACAAUGUAUCCAGUCUUGGUUACUUUGGUUUGGUAAGUAUUCGGCUGCACCAAAUGGAAAUCCAGUCUUUAUUAUUAUCUAACCGAUAUCAUCUACUCUAUUGGUUGCACACUCUGUUCGGUUCCCGUUGGUCAAAACAACAAUCGACACACAAAGUAUUUUGUGAUAAUGUGAAUUCUACUAAAAGGUGUUGUCAAAAAAUGCUGCUGCAAUGUACAGAUUUUUUUUACUUUUUUGUAAUCAAGUUUGUAAUAAAGAAUGCUUGAACAGCUCAAAA